UAAAAAUAAAAAACAAUUUCCUUCUUUACUUUCUCUGUUUUUCAACCUUCUUCACCACCUUUCUGGUCCCUUCUUAUCUUUGGUUGCCACCCUCUUACACACCAAUACCAUGUCUUUUUUCUCAAAUCCUCUCCUUUGUCUCACCCCACUUCACAUUCUCCACAACUCUCUAUAUUUUUAUUUUAUUCUAUAUCAUCAUUAUUAGUCCACAAUACACAUUCCCUUUUCUUUUCUUUUAACCAAAACAUCAUUCACCCUCCAUAUAUAUAUAGUUUAUGAUAUAUAUAUAUCUUCCUUCAGAGAAAGAACUUGUGUAAUUUAGGAACUACAUUAUUGAAGGAAGUUCCAAAGAAGAAGAAGAAGCAUAGCAAGAAAAUUUUGAAUAUGGAAAAGAGUGUUAAUUACUUUCUACUACUUCUUGUGCUACUUCAGUUCCUCUUUUCUGGUACCACAAGUAGGACAAUGAAGGAAGAAGCAGCAAGACAUGUGAAUUCAAUAAGACAAGAAAUUAAACAGUUAAUUUCCACUUCCACCACCAAAAGGGAUAUCACCACUCCAAUCACAACAAUCCCAAAUUUGUUCCCAACAUCCCCAAUCCUAAACCCUAAUUCUGACCCGGACACAAACUAUUCCCCAUCAUCAACAACAACAAUAAUUCCAGGGAUAGGGAGUACCAAUACUCCACCCACAUCAAAUUCCACAGUAGUGCCCUCUCCUUCAGGUUCAAGUUGGUGCAUUGCAAACCCUAGCGCUUCAAUUAGGGCAUUGCAAGUUGCAUUGGACUAUGCUUGUGGGUAUGGUGGAACUGAUUGUUCUGCAAUUCAACCUGGUGGAAGCUGUUACAACCCUAAUACAAUUCGUGACCAUGCUUCUUAUGCAUUCAAUAAGUAUUAUCAGAAGAAUCCUGUUCCAAAUAGCUGCAAUUUUGGUGGAACUGCUCUUGUUACUAGCACUAAUCCAAAUUCUGGGACAUGUCAAUAUCCAUCCACCAGCACAAGUUCAUCAAUCUUAAACACAACAAACACAAGUGGAGCAAAUGUUUUUGGUUCAGUGCCUGUGCCCACAGACCCCUCUGCCUCUGGUGGAGUUACCACAUCAAAUAGCUUUCUUGAAAUUUGCCUCAUUAUAUGGACAAUAAUAUCAAUUUUGGAAAACAAUAAUUUCUCUAACAUGUAUGAGAGGCAUAAUUUAUUUUUCUUCUAUCUAUAGGUACAUGAAGACACUUUGUAGAGAGAAAUUAGAAAUAUAUACCAAUUAAUUAUAUGAUGGACAUUACCAGAAAUUAACUUA